GGGUCAGGCUCGGGGUCGGGCUGCUUCAGCGUGUCGGCUAAGGAGACCCUGUGUGUACGUGUGUGUAUCAUCUCCAGGUGGUGCGUGGUGGUGUGUGUGAGCCGCGGUCGGGCUCGGCGUCAGGGUCAGGCUCGGGGUCGCGGUCGGGCUGCUUCAGUGUGUUGGCUAAGGAGACCCUGUGUGUACGUGUGUGUAUCAUCUCCAGGUGGUGCGUGGUGGUGUGUGUGAGCCGCGGUCGGGCUCGUCGUCGGGCUCGGCGUCUGGGUCGGGCUGCUUCAGUGUGUUGGCUAAGGAGACCCUGUGUGUACGUGUGUGUAUCAUCUCCAGGUGGUGCGUGGUGGUGUGUGUGAGCCGCGGUCGGGCUCGGCGUCAGGGUCAGGCUCGGGGUCGGGCUGCUUCAGCGUGUCGGCUAAGGAGACCCUGUGUGUACGUGUGUGUAUCAUCUCCAGGUGGUGCGUGGUGGUGUGUGUGAGCCGCGCUCGGGCUCGGGCUCGGGCUCGGGCUCGGGGUCGCGGUCGGGCUGCUUCAGUGUGUUGGCUAAGGAGACCCUGUGUGUACGUGUGUGUAUCAUCUCCAGGUGGUGCGUGGUGGUGUGUGUGAGCCGCGGUCGGGCUCGGCGUCGGGGUCGGGCUGCUUCAGCGUGUCGGCUAAGGAGACCCUGGAGGUGCGAGUGGACCUGAGCAGGACUGGAGCCCUGAGGAGAACGCCGCCCACACCGGACAAGCCCACCGAGCAGCUCAUGAACCUGCUCUCUACCCUGACACUGCGUCUAAAUGAGCACCUCUCUCGCUGCGCUGAGCUCAGCAUGGACAUCCUGGAGCUGGAAUCCAAUAUGGCCGCCACCGUGUCUGACCCUGACCUUGCGACCUUGGAGGGCCUGCUGGAGCAACAGGAUGACCUUGAGGUUGACUACCACAUCAUGGAGGGGGAAGUGGAGGACAUGGAGAAACUAGCCACGCACCUCAAAAGCCUUCCCCCAGAGAGGAGCCUCCUUCUCGGGGAGGAGGUCCAGGCGACCCUGCAGGCUUGGGAGGAAGUAGGCCGCAGCCUGGCGGAGAACCGGGGACGGCUUGACAAGUUCAAACAGCUGCAGGAUUUCUUCGACAAGUACUUAGCUAUGAUUGCCUGGGCUGAGGACACUCGUUCCUGUAUGUUCUCCAGUGGCACGGUGAGGAAAGAUAAGAAGGGUGGAGGAAGAGAAGAAGAGGAGAUGGAGGAGGAAGAGGAGGGCGGCGUUUCAUCCAAGAUGGCUGACCUGGACCUCCGGAUACAGCAGAAGAUGGAGGAGCUGGCGCGGCUCACCACUGCAGGACAAACACUGAUGGCCGACGAAGACCUCCAUGUGGCCGACAUCAUCAGAGAGCGGACUGAGGAACUGCAGAGCAUGCUGGGAUGGAUCCAGGACAACUGGAGGACCCAGAAGGAACAGCUGACUCAGAGGAGCAGGAGGAAGAGGAGCAGGAGGAAGAACAAGAACUCACCAAGUGCUGCUGCUGCUGCUGUGUCUGCUGCUGCUUCGGAAAGUUCUGGAACUUCUGAAAGUUCUGGACCACGUGACCACGCUCACUUGGCAAAUGACAAGAAGAAGGUGAUGACUGGUGGCAACCCAGAGGCACAGCGAACGGCAGUGGAGAACACUGCAGCACCACCACCAUCAACAGCUCAGCCAAUCAGUAGUGGUGCCAAGAAUGCAAUUGACCAAUCACCAGCUCAGUUGAUUCAAGGUGCCAGUGCCAAGGACACAAUCAGCCAAUCGCCAGCUCACCCAAUGGAUAUCCUCCACAAGGACAAAAUUGACAAAUCACAAGCUCAACCAAUCACCAAAACCAAAGAGUCAAUGGCCCAAUCAUCGACUCAGCUAAAUGCUAGUGGAGGCAUGGAUCUGAUUGGCCAAUCGUCAUCUCAGCCGGCAAGGAUAGGCAAGGAUGCAAUCAGCCAAUCAGCCGGUUCGGAACCCCAGCAGCAUCAACAGCAGCAACAGCACACAGGAAGUGUGUCCAGCAGCCUCAGUGUCCCAAGUGUUGCCCCACCCAGGGUUGCCGUGGUUCCUGUGAACAACAACAACAACAACAACAGUGGAUCAGGGUCAAAUGUCACCAGCAUGGUGGUGGCGGACGAUGCGGCAGGCGGCAAGGCACAAGGGACUCUGGGUAACAGCUUCUGCCUGAUCCUGAGCUUCGACGAAGAGGAACGUCGCAUCAGCCAGGUGCAGAAGCCGGCCAUUACUGAGGAGGCGUCACCCGAGGGCACGCACAGGGUCAGCACUUUCCUGCACGUGAAUGACGGCAACAAGACAGCCGAGAAGACUGGUGAAGAAGACGUCAACCAACCGUCAGGAACCCAGAAGACAAACGUAGACAUCACGCCAUCCAAAACCAAGGGGCAGGAGGAGGGGAAGAGGAAAGAACAUCUGGCAUUAACGUCAACACGGAUACUCUCCUCCUCCUCCUUCUGCUGCUCUUCUUCUUCGUCAUCAUCUUCCUCAUCGUCACCCUCCUCUUCCUCCUCCUCAUCGUCAUCCUCAUCGUCUUCGUCCGCUCCAAACUCGCCGUCCGCUCCCUGUGGGCCUGCAUCUGCGGUCAGCUCCGUCUUUAUCCCGACCUUACAGAAAAUGGCCACCGUGCCUUCGUGCUUGGGCGAGAAGAUCACGCCCCCAUCAUCGGGGAAAGCCAGUCAGCGGAGAGGCUCUUUGCCAGCACUGGAUGACUCGAGCAAAGCCACAACAGCAACAACAACAUCUACCGUCUCAGCCUCUACUACUCAUGCCGAUCCUUCAAGUGGACUGAGUGGCGUCAGCUGUUUCAUGAAUACGUGGCCACUAGGCCGCAGAAAGCGGAGGAGUCCAUUGCCAUCCACCAUCAACAACAACAAUAACAUCAACAACAGCGAACUGAAAGUGUACGUGAAACCAAACCCUCUCCUUCUGAGCUCUUCCUCUUCUGUUCCGUGUGGGAGGACCACUACUGGUGUUGUGUCUGAUGCUACAUGUGCACUAGGGAGGGAGCAUGUGCAUGUGCUUUCCCAGCAAUCACCACUAGAGGGCACAAGUGGUGGUCCAUUCAAGAACCAGUGCUGCUAUCUGUCCAUGGGCUCCACCCUUAGCUUCAACCUCCCCAAAAACCUGGGAUGCCUCCCUUCCUCUUUGCCUGUUAUUAAUGUGACUGAUCCUUCAAAACAGACAAGCGAGGUAGAAACAAAGACUGCCGUUGUCGUCAGUAACGCCCAGAUUUCACAACAGCAGCAACAACAGCAGCCUUCGCAAACCACGGCCUUUAGCUUGCCUAACGUUGUUGGGUGUCCCCCUUCUUCGUCGACACUCCAUAUCGCCGAUCACCCAAAACAAGAGAAUGAAGGGCAGCUAAAAAUGGGUGGAAUGUCUAAAAAUGCCCAGACGUCACCCCAACUACAGCCACCUCGACCCAUGACCUUUACCUUGCCCAACACCCCGGGGUGUCCUCCGUCUUCACUCAAUGUUAACGUCACUGAUCCCCCGAUGCAGACUAGUGAGAUUAGUGAAAAGGAUGUCGGUAUCGCUAACGCCAGCCAGAUUUCUCAGCAGUCUCCUCAACCCAUAACACUUACCUUGCCCAACGAUCUGGGCCAGCUUACCUCUCCCCCUGUUGUUCAUAUCACCGAUCGCCAACAAGCAUUGACUGAUGGUUGCCUGAAGGCUGAAGGUGGUUGUACUGCUAAAAAUAUCCAGACAUCACCGCAACAACAACCUCCACGACCCACAUCCUUGUCCACCACCACCACCGCCACCCAACAAGACCCACCACACGUACCCCUGUUGUCCAAACAGAAGCAGCUUACCUCUCCCCCUGUUGUUAAUAUCACCGAUCGCCCAAGUGAUGGUUGCUUGAAGGCUGGUGGUGCUGCUAAAAAUGUCCAGACAUCACCGCAACAACAACAACCUUCACGACCAACAUCCUUGUCCACCACCACCACCGCCACCACCACCACCACCCAUCAAGACCCACCACACCUGAGGGCUGGUGGUACCUGUACUGCUGCUAAAAAUAUCCAAACUUCACCGCAACAACAACAACCUUCACGACCCACAUCCUUGUCCACCACCACCACCACCGCCACCCAACAAGACCCACCACACGUACCCCUGUUGUCCAAACAGAAGCAGUUCCUCCUCAGCCCCGUGGUGGAGGAGGAAGUACAGGCGUCUGACUCUCUGAUCUCUAAAACUUCACAGUCCUUCGCGAUGAGUGAGACCGUCAUUGCUGGCAAAACACCGUCAGGAGACACCGUCUCUAAACCCUCACAGUCCUCCAUGAGGCUCAUUAGCCAUAAUAAGGCAUCAGACACACUUGCUGUACAUUCACAGUGCUCAAAAACGGAUGAGCCUAGUACCGUUAAGACAUCAGAAAUGGCUUCUGAAGUUUUACAGUCAUCUAAUGCUGACGAUGUCACUACCCAUAAUGCAUCAGUCAUAGUCCCUGAACCUUCUCAGCCUGCUAGUGUUAGUAACACCAAUAAGGCACCAAACAUGAUCCUUGAACCUUCGAAUACAUCUAAGAUUGCUUGCGACGUUGUCAAUACACCAUCAGAUGCAGUCACCGAAAAUCCACAGUCCACUGACAGUGAUUGUGUUAGUGCCACCAAUAGUAACACAACAGGUAGCUCAUACAAUGUCUGCAUUCCCAAGCCCACAGACCAAGACACUGUCCAAUCGACCAUCACCAUUACCACUUCGUCCUCUGUGGGUAAGAGUGAAGAUGUUGUUCAAACAGUGAGAGAGAUGGCUAAAGGUGAUGAAGAAGAGGGUGUUGCGAAUAAAACAACAUUUUCUGUUCAGGUACCAGUGAAGUUACCCCAUUUCGCAACCCAUCCACCAAACCCCUCUAGUUCUGCUAAUUGUCAGACACAUCCACGCCACCAGUGCCUAAGUGUUCACACCAAAAUCAAAGACCUUAACGGGCACAUUUACCACAGGCCAAAGGAACUGACUUUCACUUUGCCGAAAAGCAUUGUGAAUAUCGCCGAACACUUGGCGACCCAGAAGACCAAUCGAAUCAUAGUCUGUGCUGAAUCCAAUUGCGUCAUAUGUUCCGAUUCUCCCGCGUCCAUGGCAACAUCUAGCUCUAGUCCUGGUUCUAAAACAACAAACAGCCAUCAGCCUAUGGAACCCAUUCAGCCAGGACGCUGGGAGUUUGAGCAGGAGGAGGAGGAGCUUAAAGGCAUUUGGGACGGCAAAAGUAAUCAACGAGACAGGCAGGAAGUUCCAGCGGGCGGAAUCGGAAUCGGAAUUGGAACUCGCCCCACAGGUUCAAAGGUCAAGACGAGAAGAACGCGUCCGUUGGAGAAGCCGGGAGAGCCUCUGAUCCAAUGUCCGCCUCUGCAGUCGGUCCUGCAGGUGGGCCAUGGGGAAUGCCAUGUGUUUGCCUGCGAUGAUAAGCCCUAUGGGUCCUCCUUAGGGAGCACAGAACAACAGAGCCAGCAGCAGCAGACUGAAUGGGGAAAGGGGGCCUUCUCUCCUCAAGGCAAAGCAGAGUCUUCAGGUCGCAGCGUCCACGAGAUCUCUGUCGGCUCCAAGAACGAACCGGUGGCCUUCACCCUGACACUGCCAGGGGGGCCCUCUAGUCAUGCUGCACUACAACAGAGCGACGGCUCCCACUGUCUGAAACUUCCCAGCGGAGUGGAGGAGGAAACAGCAGAUACUGAUACCACCACCACCACCACCACCACCACCACCAAGCCUCCUCACGUCACACAGACCGCAUUGAGCAUAGCCAGCACAAACUAGCGCCACAAGGCCAGGGCCACCGCUAGGUUUGGCCAGGGCCAGGGCUGGGCUGGAAGAGAAAUAGGGCCCGAGUACUUUUGGCCUAAAGGGCCCCCUCAUAAUUAGCCGCACAGAACUGACUCACCGAUGGGCCCUGCACCCUUGUGGGCCCCUAUCUUCAGAAAUGUGAAAAAAACGGUUUUUAUUUUAUUUUAUAUACAUAUUUAUGAAAAUUGGGGCCCACAACAGUGCGGGCCCACCGGGAAAGUCCCGCUAUGCCAGAUGGCCAGUCCAGCGCUGGCCAAGGCCCUGGGAUAAAGUAAUCGGAAAGGGCCCCUCCACUCAAUACAUACCAAUGUAUUGGAGACCCAUUUCCAGGCCCCUUCUCUCCCUGGGCCCAGGGCAACUAGCCUUUUUGUCCUCCCUGUCGGCUUCCCUGGUAUCGUAGACUUGUACUUGCAUACAUGUCCAAUGCAUGGCACAAAGAGUGUGCUUGCUGUGGCUAUCUAAAAUCCAAAAUUCUGUACAAAACACUGUAAGAUUUUGUGGACCAUGACUGCUAAAUUGGACCUGAACAAAGGCCCUACUGUAAAAAGUAUGCAUGUUUUAUGGAAUACAGGGUGUGUGAGGAAUGGAUCAGCACAUAUUAAUGAAAAAAAAAUGACAUGCUUUCUUUUUUUGUGGCCAAUACUUUCGAAAUGUAUUUAAUCUGCAGAAAGACUGAUGAAUAUGUUGAUGUUGUUGGGUUUUCAUUGAUGUUGGUUGUGUGUAUUGAUGGGAUGUUUUUGUAUUACAUAUGAUUCUCUUUUGUUACAAAUAUGUGUACACAGGUGGAAAAGUCAUUGCAUUUAAAACAUUUUUUUGUUAUUAUCUCUCGCACUUUUUUGUAUUUUCUUUCAGAGAAAUAAAGCAAACUU